AUGAAGUAUCUUGUGCUCUGUAUAGUUAGUUUUUGCAUUUUCGCAAAACAUGUGACAUGUCACAGGUACUAUAAUGACACAAUAUUGCCGGAUAUCGCGUCGCAGCAGUUGCUUGAAUUUAGACAUCAGCACUCGAGGCCAAUAGGGCUGAUGACAAAGAUAACUGGUGAACCGACGGAUAUAAGAGAUACCGUUACACUAAAUACAGAGAUAUUUGACAAUCGAAACUUCUUCCGACUCAUGUCCCAUCAAGACCGAGAGAGAAUACCAGAACGUGUUGUGCACUCAAAAGCUGGUGGCGCAUUUGGAUAUUUCGAAGUAACUCACGAUGUCUCAAGGUAUACCAAAGCCGAUGUUUUCAAUGAAAUCGGAAAAAGAACGCCGGUAAUGGCUCGAUUUUCCACAAACAGACAAAAACUUGGUGGAAAUGAUGUAGGUCGUGACGCCAAAGCAAUAGCUCUAAAAAUGUACACCAACGAAGGAAUUUUAGACUUCUUAACUUUCCACAUACCACUCUUCUUCUACAAAGAACCUAUGAAGUUUAGCAUAAAUGGACAUGCGUUCAGAAGGAAUCCUCAAACCACUUUGUUUGACAAUAUAAUGCGCUGGGAUUUCAUGACUUUGCGACCAGAAAUAAUAACUUCUAAUUUAUUCCUGAUGUCAGAUCUUGGCAUACCGGAUGGAUACAGAAAAACCGAUUAUUUCCCGUUGCACGCAUAUGAAAUAUAUAAUAAGCAUGGUGAAAGAUUUUUCGUUAAAUUCAAUUUCCGAACGGAGAUAGGUCUGUAUAACUUAACCAAUGCCGAAGCAAUGGCAAUCGGAGCCGAAGACCCUGAUUAUUUUAACAGAGACCUAUAUAACGCAAUUGCUGCAAAAAAGUACCCGUCGUGGAGACUGGAAAUGGACAUUCUAACAAAAGAAGACGUACAGAGAGUAGAUUUCGAUCCCUUUGACAUGACAAGGUUAUGGAGAAGAGGCACAUACCGUACCGUGCCCAUUGGACGAUUGGUGAUGAACCGUAGAGUUGAUAACCAUUUUAGAGACAUAGAACAGGCUGCCUUUUCACCUGAUAACUUAGUGCCAGGAAUCACAGGUCCGGUGGAUAUAGUCUUCAGAAGUCGAAAGAUUUUCUAUCCUGAUGCACAAAACUAUCGCUUAGGAGUGAAUCACGCAAACAUAGCUGUGAAUGCUCCACUCUAUGAGAAGACAUAUAGUCGUGAUGGAGUUGCGCCUGUGUUGGAUAACAUGAAAGAUGCUCCAAAUUAUUUCCCGAAUUCUUUUAACGGGCCUUUACCUUAUGUGGAUGAAGCGCGGCCAAAAGACUUGACCAUAGUUUUGCAUAGUAACGCCAUAGAUUUACAACCUGCAUCAGAAUUUUAUAAUGAAAUUGUAGAAAGCGAUGCACAUAGACAAAGGAUUGCUGAAAAUGUAGCAUCGUCCUUAAUGUCAGUAGUCGAUGAUGUAGAAAAGAGAGCUUUGCUUUUGCUUACUCUAAUAGACGUGGAUUUGGGCCGACGUGUAAGUAUAUCCCUGAAAAAGAUGAAAAUGGUGUCUUCAGAAGAAAAACGAGACCGACUCACACAAUGUUUCGCUCAUCCGAGUCAGCAUUAUCAUUAUUAUUAG